GAAAACUGGAUUUUAUAGUUUAUACUCUGUAAAUCUUGGGAGACAUAUACACUUGCAUUUAGUUUUUUCUGUUACUGAUCAUGCCAAUUAGUUCUUUUGUAGAUACCUAUAUAUGGAGAGAGAUUUAGAGGAAAAUUUAAUUUGUGAAUCUGUAAUGAAAAAAGUAUUAUCAACUUUUAUAUUCUAGAUGGUCUACUUUUUAUCCAUGGAAUUUUUUAUGGGUCGUACACUGAAGAAUACAAUGCUUAACGUAGACACAGCAGAAGCUCUGGAUGAAGCAAUGUAUCAACUUGGUUUGGAUAUUGAAGAAUUGGAAGAAAUGGAAUGCGAUGCAGGACUUGGCAAUGGUGGUUUGGGUCGACUGGCUGCAUGUUUUCUUGACUCAAUGGCUACAAUUGGUUUAGCAGCUUAUGGUUACGGAAUACGUUAUGAAAAUGGCGCUUUUCAUCAGAUGAUAAAGGAUGGAUGGCAGGUUGAAGAACCGGAUGAAUGGUUACUUUAUGGUAAUCCUUGGGAGAAAGAACGCCCUGAAUUCACUCGCAUAGUUCAGUUUUACGGUAGAGUUAUGCGCAAUCAUUUAGAUCAAUGUAAAUGGGUUGACACAGAAACAAUAUGUGCCCUACCUUAUGAAGUUCCUAUACCUGGAUAUCGUAAUCAGACAUGUAAUACGCUUAGAUUAUGGUCCGCUAAGGGCAGGAAAUACUUUGAUACGAAAAUUAUUCAUAACAAUGAUUAUAUAAAUGCUAUACUUGGCCGUAAUGAAGCUGAAAAUAUUUCUCGUGUUCUUUAUCCAAUUGAAAGUGCAUUCGAAGGUAAAGAAUUGCAAUUAAAACAAGAAUACUUUCUUGUAUCCGCUACAUUGCAAGAUAUACUGUAUCAGUUUAAAUCAUCUUAUCCAACUUAUGAACUAUUUGAAUUACCAAAUAAAGUUGUAAUUCAUAUCAAUGAUACACAUCCGGCAUUAGCUAUUCCUGAACUAUUGAGGAUUCUAGUUGAUAUAGAGUGUAUGGAUUGGAUUGAUGCAUGGGAUAUAUGUUCACGUGUAUUUACUCAUACAAAUCAUGUAUCACAAGUAGAAUGUUUAAAGUAUUGGCCAUUAGAUAUGCUUCAACGUGUUCUACCUAGACAUGUGGAAAUUAUACGCAAUAUCGAUUAUCAUUUUAAAAGUGUCAUAAACAGAAGGUGGCCAAGUGACGAAAAUCGAUUCCAACGUAUGUCGAUAUUUCAAGAGAUCAAUGAACCUGUUGUUAGUAUGGACCAUUUAUGCAUAAUUGGAUCACAUUUUGUCAAUGGUGUUUCAAUUUUUCAAACGAACCAUUUAGUAAAUACCUUAUUUAAGGAUUUUGCCGAUUUAUGGCCAUCGAAAUUUACCAAUAAGACAAAUGGUAUUAGUCCGAGACGUUGGUUAUUGGUAUGUAAUCCAGGCCUAACCGAUCUUAUUCGAAACACCAUACAAUCUGACGACUGGGUAAAAAAUCUUAUAAUGUUGAAUCGAUUGAAAGAAAAAUUAAAUGAUGCGAAUUUUCGAAAUCGCCUUAUAUUAAUUAAACAAGACAAUAAAAAUCGAUUUGUUGCUUAUAUGCAACAGCAUAGAAAUAUUCAAUUAAAUCCAAGUUCCAUUUUUGAUGUUCAUGUAAAACGUGUUCUAGAAUACAAGCGUCCACUCCUACCAUGUUUAUAUGCUAUAACUAUGUAUAACCGUUUAAGAGCAAAUCCUGAAAUGAAAAUGUGUCCUAGGACAAUUAUUAUUGGUGGUAAAGCUGCGCCUGGAUACCACAUGGCUAAAAUGAUUAUAAAACUAAUUAAUUCAGUUGCAAGAAUAAUUGAUUUCGAUCCAAUUACAACGGGUAAACUUAAACUUAUAUUUUUACGAAACUAUCGGGUCAGUUUAGCUGAACGUAUUAUACCCGCAACAGAUUUAUCUGAACAAAUUCCGUGUGUUGGAACAGAAGCAUCAGGAACAGGGAAUAUGAAGUUUAUGUUGAACGGUGCAUUAACUAUUGGAACGAUGGAUGGGUCAAAUAUUGAAAUAUUUCAAGAAGUUGGUCACUCAAAUGCAUUUGUCUUUGGUCGUACUAUUGAAGAAGUCAAUUAUUUGCGGAAAACAGGAUAUAAUCCAAUGAGAUAUGUAUCUUCCAAUCCAGAACUUCGUUUGUGCUUAGAUCAAAUACGUGAUGGUUAUUACUGUCCAAAUGAACCUGAUUUGUUUAAAGAUCUAUAUAAUAAGCUAGUUACAGAAGAUAAAUUUAUGGUAUGCGCAGAUUAUGGUGAUUAUAUGCGUGCUCAGGCUGAAGUUGAAUCAGCAUACAAGGAUGAAGUAAAAUGGUCAAAAAUGGUUCUAAUGAAUAUAGCUGCAGCUGGAAAAUUUUCCUCUGAUCGUACAGUACGUGAAUAUGCACGUGAUAUUUGGAGAGUAGAUCCAGUUAUUGUAAAAGAAUCUAUAAAAUAUAAUUCAGAAAAUAUUAACAAUCCAAGAUUCUGUUCCAAUAAUUAAAGUUAAUUUGUUUUUUAUUACAAAAAAUGUUGGUUAUAAAAAAUUUGUUUGUUUUGUUAUGAUUUUUUCCAAUGAAAAACUUUUCUUUUUUUAAAGAAAAAAAAAUUCAUCCAGUUGGUGAUGUGCAAUUAUUUUUAGAAAGAUUAUUUCUAAAACUACAUUUCGUCUAUAUUUUAAACUCAACUCAUUUAUACAAUGAUUAUUGACUAAUAUUAUUUUGUUUAAACAAAACCCUGUUUUAAAAAGAAAUAUAUAUGUAGAAUGUGUUUACUUGGUUAAUGAAAUCUCAGUGAUUGUUUUAUACAUUAUGGUUGUGUUAUCAAAUUUAGUUGUUAUCGGAGUUGAAUAUGAUUGGAUUUGUUUCUUGUUUUGUUUUUGAUAUUAAGAGUUUUAUUGUUAUGGGGCAAAUUAAACUUCAUAGACUUUCUCUCUCUCACUCAUAUGAGCUAAAUAGUUUAUUUAAAUUCUGAUAAAUGUAAAUUGAUUGUUUUAUUUUGUUUUAAAUGAAUUUUUUUUGGAAACAGAUGAGUCGAAUGAGUGAUUAAAUGGUUGCCUUAGUGAUUUAGUUGUUUAAUUUUCAUUACAGAUUUUUUUUCUUUUUAUGCAUUGUGUAUUAUGAAUCUUUCUACUUAUAGAGGAAAAUAUAUCUGAUUAACUUUUUAAUUUGACUUCAUUUAUAAAUUUUAAUGUAUUUCAAAAGUGAGUCAUUAACUUAAUUGAACUAACCGCAAAUCAUUUUAUCAAUUUAGAUCGACACUGUUUAUUGGCUUUUAAUGUAAAUUUUAUGUGAUUAUCAUUGCUUUUCGAAGUGUGUAUUGGAAGUGCCACAACAAUCAUUUUCAUGAGAUAGAUAUACCGUAACUUCUUAGUUUUAUUCUAUCUUAGCUAUUAUUUUACCGACAGGUUACUUUCUAUUUAAUUGUCAAUGAUGUAUUCAUUUAAUUCAACAAAUUGUAUUUUUUUAAGAGGAAAAUUAGUUUGUAUAUAGUUAGGGAGAAGAUAAUAUGAUACCAUAAAUUCUGCAAAUUCUUGAAGUUUUAUUCUUGUUUCAUUGAAACAUUACGAUGUUUCAUGUAGUUUACCCAUCCUAUUGUGCUUUCAAUAGACCCAGACUAUUCACAGCAGAUGUUUGAUUGAGAAUUCUUUGUUGUAGAAUAUGACAUGAAUAUUUCGGAGAUUAUUACUUAAUGUUAUGAUAUUCAAAAGUUAUUGUAUAAAGUGUAUGUUGCUUUCGUGUAUGUAUUCUCUUCAUACUUUUAUGUAGUUACAUCAUUACUUAAUAGAUAGAUUAUCGAGUGGUCACUUUUUCAUUCAUUCCAAUCAUUUAUAUCUCUUUAAGGCUUCGUAUCAGAGUUUUUAAAGUCAGUCAAAUAUAACCGAGUAUGCGUAACAGACAAUAACAAUUCCCUAGAAAUCUUAUAUUUAUUAAAUUAUAGUUCAUCGGGAUUUGAAGCAUUUAAAAUCACAAGACCCAACAAAGUAAUAACCAAAUGCGAUAAAAACUAUUUUGAGUACGAUGAUUUUUCAUUGAAAUUAAAAGGUUUUCAGCUUUCUUAUAAAAGAUGAAAUCAUGCGGAACUUCGGGGAAGUCGUACUUACUCUUCCUCACUCCUGUUACUCCCAAUUGAGAAUAGGUUGCCGACCAGCAUUCUCCACCCAGCCUUUCUACUUCUAUCCAAUUCUCUUCAUGUCUGUCUCCGUUUCUCGGCGUAAUGUGUUCUUUGGUCUUCCUCUUUUCCUUUGGCCUUGAGGAUUUCAUGUGAGGGCUUGUCUUGUGACGCAGGUGGGGGCGGGAUUCAGUAUGCAUUUAUUAAAUCACAUAAAUAGUUUGAAGAAAAAUAAGAUAUGUUGGUUCUUUCUAGAAGAAAUAAUUUUCCAUACCUGCAUUCACCUUGAAGAUUCAUAAGGUUAUCCUAACGAUCCUCGAUAAACUAACAGGAUUAAUGAUAUAUUCGUAGUGUAUUAUGAAUGCACUACUAAGUCAUAUCUGUAUUCUUAGUCAGAAAUAUCUUUUACAAGAUCACAGCUUUACUCGAGUGCUAAAUUAAUGUGAUAAUGGAUAGCUCCUGAAUUAAAUAACUUUGCUAUUGAGAAGCGGAGAAGUUGCUCUAUCGAAGACCACAAAUCACUAUGAACAAAAAAUAGUUUAAGUUUCUGUAUAGGUUUUUCCCUUCAUAAAGAUUGUAUUUCUAUUUUUAGUUGAUUCGAUAACUAACCAAUGUUCUCCUCAUUUGUUUGUAGUGAAUAACAAUAUAUUGCGCUCUAUAAUUUAACUCCUUUCAUAUAAUUAUAUUUCAUAAAACAGAUAAAUAUAUGAAUACUGAAUA